UUUUGACAAGCAGAGAGAGAGAGACUCACAGAACACGAGCUUUGUCCCUGCAGAUCAACGCGAGCAGCUUCUAAACUUCUGUUGUGCGGUUUGUCAUCGCUGUUUUUUGCCGAACUAGUCGCUCAGGGUUCACGACACAUUCAGUGUUUUUGUUUUUAUUCUGCUGGUUUAUGAACGAGUGCUCUAGAAGGGGUUUUAUAGCUAUGAGCCAUGACUCCAAACAGCCACGUAACGUUUCUCCUGUCUGGAGAUGAUGUUGGAGUCUGAUCGAGCUGUUUGGGGGGGUUGGUGAUGAUUAUCCAGAGGGGCUUGAUGUGUCUCAAGUGGCAUUACAUUUGAGCUGAUCAGUGGCACUGAUGCAAUGAGGCGACUGGCAUCGGACGUCUGAGAUAUAUAGCUGGGGUUUGAUUGACUAGACUAGCAUACAGCAGCUUAUUUGAUCUAACCAGCUCAGAUCAGUAAUAUCCGAAUGGCUGUACGCCAGAUCGAUAGCUAACCAAUGUCUAAGGGACGAGUUUUAAAGUCUCAACCAAGAUCCGAGGACGGAAGACGGAGCGCAGGCGUCCUGGGAGGCAUCGCCGUGUCUGUGAUCAACAUGAAGCCUGACAGAGAAGCAGCUGAGGAGUUCUUUGAGUAUGAUGCUGAAGAGUUCCUUAUGUUCCUGACACUCCUGAUCACAGAGGGGCGGACUCCAGAAUGUUCCGUAAAGGGUCGGACCGAAGGGCUUCACUGCCCACCUGCCCAGUCAGCGAUGCCUGUCUUCACCAAACAUGAAUGCAGUGACAAAAUACCACAGUGUCGUCAAGCAUGGAGAACAAGGUCAAAGGUCAUGUUGCUAUGGCGCAAUCACAUCCCCAUCAUGAUUGAGGUGAUGCUGCUUCCUGACUGUUGCUAUAGCGACGAAGGCCCAACCACAGACGGAACAGACUUAAAUGACCCAGCAAUAAAGCAAGAUGCGCUCUUACUGGAGAGAUGGACUUUACAACCAGUGCCCAGACAGAAUGGAGAUCGUUUCAUUGAGGAGAAAACCCUGCUCUUGGCUGUACGUUCCUAUGUGUUUUUCUCACAGCUCAGUGCGUGGCUCAGUGCUUCUCAUGGACUUGUACCCAGAAACAUCCUUUACAGAAUAAGUGCAGCUGAUGAAGAACUGAUAUGGAACUUCUCGCAGACUCCCUAUGAACAUGCCUUCCCUGUCCCAAAUGUAUCGCACAGUGUCGCUCUCAAAGUGCGGGUUCAGUCUUUGCCUCGCCAGCCUAAAUACCCCGUACUCAAAUGUAGCAUCCACUCAGGUCUAGCUUUCCUGGGCAAAAGAGGCUUGGAGCAUGGUGAGGGGAGCACCCAUGCUGGAGAGAACCGCAGUUCCCUACGUCUGCCAGGGUCUCCACUCUUCUCCAGGCCUCUACACCCUUCUCCACCUCCUCACAGCCCACAUAAAUACCUGCCUCACCCAAAGUCCCCUCUCCCGCCAGGCAAAGCCGUCAAAUGGUUUCACUCUCGGCUGAAUGGAGGUGUGGACGUCCCCCCAACAGAGCCUUAUAGCUUGUGUACUAAUGGUGCAGAGAGCCCUAAGACGUCACGCAUGGAGUCACCAGUUCAUGCUUUCAAAUCACUGUCCCUUACCGACUCUUUAGCAACCACUAGACUGAGUCCAAGCUCCAUAUCAGGUGAAACCAACCCCCUCAUUGGCUCCUUGCUCCAGGAGAGACAGGAAGUCAUCGCUCGUAUCGCUCAACGGCUAAAUUUCUGUGACCCUACAGGUCCUCAUCUCCCUGAUGCCCUCUUCACUUCUCAUGAACCACCAGGACACAAAACACCUUUGAGCUCCUUGCAGGACAAGGAGUGCUUGAAGAAAUCCAAAGAGUCCCUUUUCCCUUUUCCUCAAACUAAUAAUGGAACUGGCCCUGAAAAACCAGAGAGGAGACGGUCAUCUUUCUUUGACACCCCCUUGAGCCCUAGAAGCGGAAAGCAGGUAGACCAAGUGGACCACGAAGCAAAAACUUCCCCAAAGCCGUCGCCCUGUCGGCGUCUUGUACAAAGUGACCAUUCUCCUGAAGGUUCUAUGAUUGCAGAUGCAGUUCAGGAUAUCUCAAGGUUGAUUCAGGAGCGAUUUCAACAGUCCUACAGUCUUCUGAAUGGCACAUAUAAAUUCAAGUCCUUUCAAAAUGAACAGGUAGGCAAAAGCCAUGAUGCCAAUUCAAACAGCUAUGUAUCACCACCAAGCCAUGAGAAGUCCUCAAGCAUAACCAAUGGCGAGGCAAGCACAAAGCCUCUCAUUUCUCUAGCAACAAAAUGUUUUCGAUCUCCUGACUCUAAUCAUAGCCAGCAAGACUUUUCAAGUAGACACGUGGCCAGCCCAAAACAUGAAGACCUCAGCAUCAAAAAAUCACAGCCUUUAACGGCAAGUAAUCACAAACAGAACACCAAAAGAGAAUCCUGGACCUCCUUGAAAGACCACACAAGCUCUCUUCAGGAGAAUGGGCUGACACUAACUGGAUACCUCCAGCCUUCCAAGACACAAGAGUCAAUCCAGGAGAAAGGAGCAGAGAAGCACAUCCAGGAUGGGUCCUCCAGUCUUGAGAAGGAUGAGAACCAGGAGCCCUGGGCAUCUCUUUCUAGAAAACCUGCCAACCUUACCCACUGCACCCCCAGUCCUUCAGUUGGUCCUACUCCAAGCAGUCAUAUGCAGAGACACCCCCCCUUUCCACUGAAGCCAUGCAGUAACUGGAAACAGGAUCGUCACUCCAUAGACAGAACAGCAACGAAAGCCUUCCACCCCUGCACUGGCCUGCCUCUCCUAUCUAGCCCAGUUCCUCAAAGAAAAAGCCAGUCAGGAUAUUUUGAUUUAGACACUUCUGUGAUUCAUUGCAAAGGUGUUCCAUGGGCUGCCAAUAAGAGGGUUUUGAAAAGAUUACAAGACUGUGAUGAGUCUCAGCAGCAGAUCCUCAGUGCCAGCGCCCCACCUGCCAGCCUUAGCCUUUUGGGAAACUUUGAGGAGUGUGUUCUGAACUAUCGUUUGGAGCCGUUGGGUACCAUCGAGGGCUUCACGGCUGAGGUGGGUGCCAGUGGAACGUUCUGCCCCAGUCACAUGACAUUACCUGUGGACGUGUCUUUCUACAGCGUCUCUGAUGAUAAUGCACCUUCCCCCUACAUGGGUGUCAUAAAUUUGGAGUCUCUCGGUAAGAGGGGAUAUCGAGUACCUCAUUCAGGAACCAUUCAAGUGACCUUAUUUAACCCCAAUAAGACGGUGGUUAAGAUGUUUGUUGUGAUGUACGAUCUGAGGGAAAUGCCCGCCAGCCAACAGACAUUCCUGCGCCAGAGAACCUUCUCAAUCCCCGUCAAACGCGAGUUCAGCGGACAGAACAACAAAAAGAUGCAUGUGCGAACCCUCCGCUACCUCGUCCACCUGAGGUUCCAGAGCUCCAAAUCUGGAAAGAUAUACCUCCAUCGGGACAUCCGUCUUCUUUUCUCCCGUAAAUCCAUGGAAGUGGACAGUGGUGCUGCCUAUGAGCUCAAGUCAUUCACAGAGUCGCCUGCCGACCCCACUUUCUCUCCCAGAUGCUAAUCAAAUCUAAACUAGUCCAUUGAUAAUGCAGCAUAUGGGCCUUACUUUAUCAAAUCUUUUAUUUGUCUGUACGUGAAUUCAAAAUAGAGAAACCCACUCACUUGCACACACAUAUUCAUGGAAGGACUAUAAACACAAAUGCCCCUUUCCUAAAAGAAAAAGUCAGCAUUGAAUCAUCUGUGCAAAUGAUAUUUGGUUUAAAACAACAGAUGGUUGAGAGCUUUGAUUUAGAUGCAAGUUCAAAGCUUAUUCCCAGAUUUGCGGCAUGGUUUGAGAAAACGUGAUGCAGAAAAACUAAAUCCACGGACCAUUUUGUAACAAAAGACUAAUAAGCGAAUAACUGCAGAAGACGUUUGAAGAGCACUGUAUUUUUUCCACAACUGGAAUGAAAAUGAGUUUUGUUCAAGGAUUUCAUUCUUUGUACUGUUACCAAACCACUUUAAUCGGAAGUGUUGCAAUAGAAAAAACUAUUUUACUAGCGUAGUGUUUACAUAUUUACUUUUUUGUCAUCAGUUAUUUAAUAUUUAAAUUGAACUUUCAUUUACUGCACAUGUGAUGCCUGUUGUGCAAAACAUUAUGAUGUAGUGCAAAAUGUUUCAAUCAUACCAUGUAUUUUUGUCUUUCAAAU